GUCGGGGCUAUAGAGACCGGAGGCCUCCACCAUAUAUGCAUGGUUUCCUCCGCCACCGUUCCACUCCUCUUCUUCUUCAUCACAGUUCAUCUUCCUCGCUAGCUCACUCGUACUCCUCCACCAUGAGCGCUUCGUCUCUCGUGCUUCCCACGCUUCCCAUCAUCAACUCUGAUCGCACCUCUCUGGAGUCCCUCCGGAGCUCAACCCGUCUGGGCCUUAGGAAUGGGACUCGCCGGGGAUUUGUACCAUUGGAUUAUGGUAAGUCUAGGGUUUCUAUGAGUGCCUCUGUUGGAUCUCACACCGAUGCGGAUGAUUCCCUGUUCAAGGAUUAUAAGCCCUCCCUUGCAUUUCUCUUCCCUGGACAGGGUGCCCAAGCGGUGGGAAUGGGCAUAGAGGCACAUAAAGUACCAGCCGCUGCUGAAUUAUACAAAAGAGCAAAUGAGAUUUUGGGGUUUGACCUUUUGGAUAUAUGUAUGAAUGGACCAAAAGACAAGCUUGAUUCUACUGUAAUUAGUCAGCCAGCUAUAUAUGUUACAAGCUUAGCAGCCGUGGAGAUACUCCGAGCCCGUGAAGGAGGUCAGCAAAUAAUUGAUUCCGUUGAUGUCACAUGUGGUCUAAGCCUUGGAGAAUACACUGCUCUUGCAUUUGCAGGAGCUUUCAGCUUUGAGGAUGGCCUCAAGCUAGUAAAAUUAAGAGGGGAAGCCAUGCAGGACGCUUCUGAUGCUGCCAAAAGCGCAAUGGUCAGUAUCAUUGGGCUUGACUCUGAGAAGGUUCAACAACUGUGUGAUGCAGCCAAUGAAGAAGUUGAUGAAGCCGACCGAGUUCAGAUUGCAAAUUUCUUAUGCCCUGGUAAUUACGCCGUCUCUGGAGGUCUGAAAGGAGUGGAAGUAGUACAGGCAAAGGCAAAGUCAUUCAAAGCUCGAAUGGCGGUGCGAUUGGCUGUUGCUGGUGCUUUCCACACUGGUUUUAUGGAGCCAGCUGUCCCAAGAUUGGAAGCCGCUUUGGCAGAAGCAGAAAUCAGAACUCCAAGAAUACCUGUAAUUUCAAAUGUUGAUGCAGAGCCACAUUCAGAUCCAGAGACGAUUAAGAGAAUAUUGGCACGCCAGGUAACUUCCCCAGUUCAAUGGGAGACAACAAUAAGGACUCUUCUAACAAAAGGGCUCAACAAGAGCUACGAAUUAGGACCCGGGAAGGUUAUUGCCGGCAUUCUGAAGAGGAUGGACAAGGGUGCCAACAUUGAGAACGUUGGUGCCUAAGCCUAAAUAAAUUGUUGUUCAUUAACUAUCCCCUCCAUCAAGGGCAGAGAUUCAUUUUUUUUAAAUUUUUAAAUUAUUGGGUUUUUUUUGGGUU